AUGAAACUUGAUGCUAUGAUUGAAGAGAUCAAGACAGAAAAGCUGUUUGGCGACAUAUGUGGAGUCAGUGGUGAUGUGGUCGAUGAGAUUAACAUGUACUACGAUUGUCGCUAUAUAUCAGCAUGUGAAGCAACUUGGCGACUAUUUGGGUACGUGAUCCAUUAUUGCAUGCCACCUGUGGAGAGGUUAAAUUACCACUUAAAGCACCAACAGAACGUUGUCUAUGGGGAGGAUCAAAGCCUCGACGAGAUUGUCGAGAACCAAGAGGUUAAGGAGAGCCAGUUCACAGCUUGGUUUGAGGCAAACAAAAAAUACGAAGAUGCUCGGUCGCUCACUUAUGCAGAGUUCCCUAAUGAUGACAAGGAGUACAUCGACGGUAUUACUGAAUCCAAUUACUGGGCAUCCGCGUCUGCAUUGCGAAGGUUGUUUGCUACGUUGCUCACUUCAAGUUCAAUCACUAGACCCGAGGUGGUGCGGAAUGCCAUUUGGCAAUUUCUUGAUGAGGAUGCACAGUUUCAUCGUCAACGUCUCAUGCACAAUCCAUAUUUGUUGUUAUUGAAAUACGAUAAACAACAAUUUGCUUUGGUCGAGUUGGAGAAGUUAUUGUCUUUGUGGGGGAAGAGCCUGAGCGACUAUCUGGAAAUGCCGAUUCUAGAAGAAAAUAACAUUGGAUUGACGGAAAACAUGUUGAUAUCCGAAGAGUUGGCGUACCACAAGGAAUCAUUGAAGGUAGAGCAUGAAACAUUGGUAACUCAAUUGACGGAUGAACAGAAGGUUGUUUACAACUCUGUUAUUAAUGAUAGUGAUUCUAAAGGAGGCAGAUUGUUUUUUGUAUAUGGUUACGGAGGAACAUGCAAGACGUUCGUCUGGAAAACAUUAUCUUCAAAGAUAAGGAGUCGCGGAGAUAUUGUUCUGAAUGUUGCUUCAAGUGGAAUAGCAUCUUUACUAUUGCUGGGUAGCAGGACAUCGCAUUCUCGAUUUGCUAUACCACUCUCAGUGAAUGAAGAUUUCACCUGCAAUAUCUCGCAAGGUAGUGACCUUUGCGAACUUAUAAUCAAGUGCAAAUUGAUAAUAUGGGAUGAAGCACCGAUGACACACAAAUACUGUUUUGAGACUUUAGACAAAACCAUGAGGGAUAUAUUGAGAUUCACUGUACCUGGUAGUGAUCAGAAAACAUUUGGUGGAAAGACAGUAGUAUUGGGCGGUGAUUUUAGACAGAUUCUUCCAGUUAUUACAAAAGCAACAAGACCAAUGAUUGUAGGAGCCACUAUUAAUUCUUCAUACCUCUGGAGGAAUUGCAAGGUAUUGAGGCUCACGAAAAACCUGAGACUACAGAGCUUAGCUUCAAACGAAGAUAGACAGACGGUUGAUUGGUUCUCAAGAUGGAUUGCAGACAUCGGGGAUGGGAUUACAAGGUUUGUAAACAAUGGUUUGUUUGAUAUCGAUAUUCCACCAAGGUUUAUGUUGAAGUGUGGACCUGAUCCAAUUGCAACUAUAGUCGAAAGCAUUUUCCCAGCGGCGAAGUAUGGAAUGCUAGAAGAGUCACACCUAGAAGGGCGAGCGAUCCUCUCACCGACUUUAGAUGUUGUUUGA